GCCGACUCGGCCUUGAAUAUGUAUUUAUGGUUUUAAAUGUAGUUUCGUUGGUACAUAAUCCAGCUGAUUUUAUAAUAUUUGAUGACUGCUAUCGUGUUUAAUACUGCUACUACUUCUAGUGUAGCAGAUAAGUGAAUCUAAAUGAACAAUGACUGUGGAGAUGUUGGAAAUGGUGAUUCUACAGAAAAUCGAACUCAUCGGGAGGUUUCAAAAGCCGCUGGUUAUGAUUCAUCCAAAGGCAUAAGAGUAUGGUGUGAUGGAUGCUACGACAUGGUGCAUUUUGGCCAUGCAAAUCAGUUGCGACAAGCUAAACAGUUUGGUAAUUAUUUGAUUGUCGGUGUGCACACUGAUGAAGAGAUCGAAAUGCAUAAAGGUCCACCAGUGUUCAGUGAACAAGAACGAUACCGCAUGGUUCGCGGUAUAAAAUGGGUUGAUGAGGUCGUUGAAGGUGCACCUUAUGUGACGACAGUUGAAACACUCGACAAGUACAAUUGCGAUUUCUGUGUUCAUGGUGACGACAUAACAUUAUCUGCAGAUGGUACAGAUACAUAUGCAGAUGUCAAAAAAUGCGGACGUUAUCGUGAGUGCAUGCGAACGUCUGGAAUUUCCACAACGGAUCUGGUUGGACGUAUGUUACUGUUAACAAAAACUCAUCAUUCAUUUGCAGAUGAUAUUGCCAAGCAUGAAGAGAGAGCUCGAUUUCUCUCCAUGGUGCUGGAAAUGCAGUCAUCCAUUCACAAUUUAUUCAUGCACUUCAUUGCACAAAUAUUGAUUUAUCGGGACCGUAAAGCUGUAUCUCCUUGGACGCGGGUGUCUCGUUUUCUGCCAUCAACUAGAACAAUCAUGCAAUUCGCAGAGGGUCGUUCACUUGGAGAACAUGACGUUGUUGUGUAUGUGUCUGGCGCAUUUGAUUUGUUUCACAUUGGUCAUUUAUGUUUUUUGGAAGAAGCGAGAAAAUUGGGUGAUUAUCUCAUUGUCGGGAUUCACAAUGAUCAGGUAGUGAAUGCUUAUAAAGGUGGAAAUCAUCCGAUAAUGUCACUGCAUGAACGUGUUCUAAGUGUUCUGGCCUAUAAACCUGUUUCCGAGGUAGUAAUUGGCGCACCAUACUUGGUCACGGAAGAAUUAAUAAAGCGAUUCAAUAUACAGGUAUGCUUCUUUGGAUGA